CAGACGCGUGACAGCCACGUACCGUGACAUCGUCACGAUGUGUCACAUGAACGCGCCGUGGCGUCGGUCGCGUCGAGUCGCAUCCUGCGGCUUGUCCUGCGGUGGUUUGUUCUUCUUGACAUCACAACCUGCUGGCUCUCAACGCGCCACAUUACUUCUUGACGGAUUAUAAUGGCGUCGUUCUCAGGCGGCUCUUCCGCCUUUGGCAUCAAGCCAGCUAACCAGACCGGGAGCUCGCUCUUUGGGCAACCCAAUCAAUCCAACCCGCAGGGAUCUCUCUUUGGCAGCACAAACACGCAGCAGCAGAACACGGGCCUGGGCGCGUUCGGCUCACAGCCCCAAACACAGAACCAGGGUCCUGCAGCGGGCUCGUCCCUCUUUGGCAUGCCACAGGGCCAGAACCCGAACCAGCAGCAAAAUCAGAACCAACCUGCGCAGGGAACGGGCUUGUUCGGAGGUAAUGCUUACGGGCAGUCGCAACAGCCGGCCCAGCAGCCUGGUCAGUCUACGGGGCUGUUCGGCCAGACGAAUACCCAGCAGCAAGCACCAUCCAGUGGCCUGUUCGGGCAGUCAAAUACGAAUACAAAUCAGCCUGCGCCCUCGGGUGGAUUGUUUGGACAGUCGAACGCCAACAAUCAGCAGCAAGCGCCAUCGGGGGGCCUGUUUGGGCAGUCGAACGCGAACAACCAGCAGCAAGCGCCGUCGGGGGGCCUGUUUGGACAACCCGCAGCGAAUACGCAACAGGGCAGCACAUUGGGCUCAUCCCUAUUCGGGAACACGCAGAACCAACCUCAGCAACCUCAGCAACAGAGUUCCUAUAAUCUCGGUGCUUUCGGUUCAAGUACAACUGGGCCGACCUUGGGUCAGUCGACAGGCUUGGGCGCGCUUGGUGGGGCGAAACCUGGUGGAGGCUUCGGUGCAUCUACACUAGGGUCCUCACUAUCGACAGCCCAAGCGUCCGGUGUACCCCCCUUCACGAAGUCGACAAAGUUCAACGACCUCCCUGAUGGCCUGAAGAAGACCUUCGAGGACAUUGACACGUUCAUACAGGGUCGUGUUCAGAUCAGCAAUGAUCUGAAGCAGCGGAAAUUGGGUGAGGAGGCAACGAAAGGUCAGGAUGAUGUUCGAGCAGUACACAAGGAACUCGUCAACGCUAUCACUACCCUCCACUCCGAUGUCAUGCACAUGCGAGAUCUGAAGGCGAAGGUGAACCAGACCGUCCAGGACACCAUCGUCGCGACACACAUCGUCGAUGGCUUCCGCAAUCCACAACAACACGGUGCCUACUUGAAGAGUCACGCGAACUUCCCAUUAGAGUUCUUUAUGCGUGUGACGGAACAAAUGGCUGAGCGGCUACGAUGGUACAAGACAACUAUCGAGCAAAUCGAGCGGAAGCUCUCUUCUGCAGCCGCGCAAUCACAGCAGACUCCACAGGCCAUCUCGACCACACUAGGGGCACAGCAUGCAACGUUCGUCGCACUCGCGAGCAAGACCGCCGCGCUGAACGCGGAGCUACAGAAGAUCAAGAUGCUCUACACGCAACUCUGGCGCCAAAAGACGGGCAGCAUGCGUGAUCCGUUUAAUGAGCUCGAUAGAGGCAGCACCGCCGAGUUCGGGCUCGAGAGCAUCCGCGCGUGAAUUUGUAUCGGACUAUAUGGAUGGCGACGGCGUUUGCAGCAUUGUAUUGAUAGUCAUGACCUUUACCGCGUCGGCCGAGGUCUUUCAUCUCACUCUGCCCGCAUUACCCGCAGCGAGCCCCGCGCCGUUGUAGGACAAAGCGAUGCAUCACAGCUUUCUCCUGGUCGACUCCCGAGGAUCCUGUCUGCGGAUCGCUACGGACCGUGGAUCAACCCAGGAACGCCGUUGCUCAAACGCGCCCAAUCGAUGUCACCGAUAAGUACGGCGCGCAACACAUAAUGCCAC